GAGAGCGGGGGGGUGGGGGCGUUGGGGAUGAAGACAGGUUUUGAUGGGAGCCGAUACAUUCAUUUAUAGAGAGAGCCCUUUAUUUACAUAUUGUUGGAUUCGUCCAAACUCCAACACUAAAAUACAGUAGUAUCACUCGAGGGCUAAAAUAGAGUUUGAUUUCAUACAUUGGGAUUUGGGUAAUGGUCAAGAACGACUCUGCUUCGGCUGCAGCUCAACAACAGAACCGGACAUGUAUGGAGGCAACGCUCCGGGGAGCUUAAUUCUUUGAUACGUUAUCUUUUGCUGGUGCAGAGUAGUUCAAGGAUUACCGGACAAAAAUGAAUACAUGCGACUCAAAUUCAGACAUAAUUAGUCAUGUUCCAGUCGAUAUAAUAGAAAAUAUCUUAAUGUGUUUGCCUAUACAAGAUGCAGUGAAGACAAGUCUUUUGUCAAGGAAAUGGAGAUACGUGUGGUCAAAACUUCCUCAACUGGUAGUUGAUCUUGAUGAGAUGUUCUACAAAGAAAUGCACAGACCAACGCAUGCCAAACUUUUGAUGAUUAUUUAUCAAGUUCUGUCACUUUAUCGUGGACCAAUAAUCAAGUUCACUCUAUCUUUAUCUGAACUGGAAAGUUGUUCUGAGAUUGACCAGUUGAUACUUUUGGUUUCAAGCAAUGAUAUCCAGGACUUCACCCUUGGCAUGUGGCAGGGGGUAUAUAAGUUGCCAUCAUCCCUAUAGUCAUGUUUGCAACUGAGGCAUUUGAGGCUCCAUUCUUGUAUGCUUAAACCUCCUCCUGGAUUUGAAGGAUUUCCCAGGCUCAUUUCCCUCAAUUUUGAUGACGUUGUCAUUGCUGAUGACGUACUUUCAAAUCUGAUCUCCAAUUGCCCACUACUUGAAAAGCUGUUUCUUUAUAGCUCCACCAGUUCACAUUCCCUCGAAGUUGUUGGUCCAAAUCUUAAAUGUGUGUGCUGUGACGGCCAUUUCAGAUCUAUUUGUUUCACAAAUACUUCUUGUCUUGCAAACGUCGGAAUAUAUUUGGAAGCAGCGAGGAAGGAGUUAUUCUGUAGCGAAGAAGAAAUAUCUAGCUCUGUCGUGCUUCUUGAGAGUGUACCUGUAAUUGAGUCUCUGGGAUUGGACUUUUGCUAUGUUAAGGGCAUAGCUGCAUCUGGUUUACCAACUAUUUUGAACAACCUCAAAAAAAUCUGGUUGUAUGAUAUCUGUUUCGGGGAACAAGAUGAGGUCUCCAUUCUUAUUUGCUUAAUUCGAAGCUCCCCGAACUUGGAAGAAGUUAGUAUUCGGGCAUUUCCCGAUGAGACUUAUCCUAUUCCUAAAGAGCUAGAUUUGUCGGGAGUGCAUGGCUUUUCGGAUGUCUCUCCGAAUCAACUUCGCAGAGUGGAUAUGAAACAUAUCUCUGGCACAGUGACCGAAUUGGAGUUUAUCAAGCUUUUGUUAGCCAAGUCACCGAUGCUGGAGACAAUGCUUAUCGAGGUUGACUACUCACGUAGUCUUGUUUCUAGAUUCCGGAUUGUGCAAGAAUUGACAAGACUUCGGCGUGCAUCGCCUCGAGCAGAAAUGAACGUAUCAUGAGAUGGAGAUUUGUUUGUUUAGUUGUGGUCCUUGUGGGAAUGUUUAAAAUAGAUACCUAAGUGUAUGAGAAAGGAAUAUACUCGAAAAUAUCUUGGUACUUGUGCCCACAAGAGAUGCAGUGAGGACAAGUGUUUUGUCAAAGAAAUGGAGGGAUAACUGGAGAAAUAUUCCGGAACUUGUAUUUGAUGAUGAUUAGUCUUUUGGCACACUGUUUUUAUCACCACGUUGUGGCAGAUUUGGAAGGACAGAAACAAAAAAAAGUUUUGACAA